AUGAGAAUUCGAGUCCGUGGGCCUUCAGGCCAGUCAACUGUCACGUUGGGUGACACGGCAACUAUCAAAGAUCUCCAAACCCAAAUUGCGGAGAAGACCGGCCUUGCUACGUUUGACGUCAAAUAUGGAUACCCUCUCAAACCACUCGAGCUUGACAGCUUUCAACCAGACCAAAGGAUCCUAGAAGUUGGGAUAAAUCUAAAUGGAGAGUCACUCAUCGUCGCGCAGAAAGAAGGGGCCACCCGGGGCGUGAGCGACGAUGCGACAACAGCGCCAUCACAACUAUCACAGCCAUCGCAGCCAUCGCAGCCAUCGCAGCCAUCAAUGUCGCAAAGACCACACGAGAACACCGCCGAUGACCCACCAGAAAUCGCUUCCCCAGAACAUGCCGGAACGUUCGUACUCCGGGUGAUGCCUGACGACAACUCAUGUCUUUUCCGAGCAGUGGGCGCUGCAGUCAUGGGCGAUAUGGACACGAUGGUUGAGCUGCGAUCGAUCAUUGCAGGAGCUAUUCAGUCAAAUCCAACGGAAUAUACAACAGCAAUUUUGGGCAAAAAACCGGAUGAAUACUGUACCUGGAUCCAGAACGAGGACUCGUGGGGUGGCGCCAUCGAGCUCAAGAUUCUCAGCGAAUACUUCAAUAUCGAGAUAUGCUCUAUCGAUGUACAGACUCUGCACAUGUUCCAGUUUAAUGAGGGAGCACCGACGCGGUGUAUUGUGGUGUACUCGGGGAUUCACUACGAUGUCCUUGCCCUGUCCCCCUCUCGCCCACCCUAUACUCGUGCCAACCCACUGGCGCAUGACGACACAAAGAUCUUUGAGGCUGUUGAUCCGGUUGUUUUGCAAAAAGCUAAAGAAUUGUGCCGGGUGUUGCAGGGCAAGCACUACUACACAGAUACUUCUGGGUUUACCGUUCGCUGCAACAUCUGCGGAGGCACAUUCACUGGAGAGAAGGGUGCUACAAAGCAUGCAUCGGAGACUGGGCAUUACGAUUUCGGAGAGGCGAGCUAG